AUGGUUGCUCAUCCUUUUGAUCCUAUCAGCGACGCCGAAAUCCGGCUCACUUCGAAAGUGAUCAAGGACUCCCUCAAUCAGUCGCAAAAGCCUCAUUUUUGCCAGAUCGACAGGCUCGACCCGCCAAAGAAGGAUAUGAUCAGAUACCUAGAGGCCGAAAAAACCGGGAAGCCACUUCCUCAGAUCUCGAGAAUCACCUACGCAUACUUUUAUCUGGGGACCGACUUUUACAAGUCUCUUGUCAAUUGCACCUAUGGACACCUGAUCACCACUCAGAAGCAGCCAGAAGGAGUUGUUGGUCCUCUGGUUUGGGAGGAUGUCACGGCAAUAGAGGAAUUGUUGACUGUGCACCCGCUGGUUCAAGCGGAAAUCAAGAAGCUUAGAUUGCCACCAUCCAUCAAGGUGGUUUGUGAUCCUUGGAUCUAUGGAACAGACGACCCUAAAGAGAAAAGACUGUUGAUUCAAUGCUACAUGUAUUUGGCCAAUGCUUCGCACCCUGAGUCCAACCACUAUUCCCUGCCCCUUAAAUUCUCACCUGUUUUUGAGUGCUUGACCAAGAAGUUUGUGAGAAUGGACUAUUUGCCUUCCGGAGUUGACGAGAAGUUUGUCACUGAGACUGAACCUUGGACCAAAUUUCCGUUUGUCGAGUACCAUCCGGAUCUCAAUGGCGAGACUCCAAGACCGCUCAAACCAUUGGUUGUUCAGCAGCCAGAGGGCCCAUCGUUUAAGAUAGAAGGCUCGAAGAUCUCCUGGCAAGGAUGGGAAUUCUACGUGGUGCCCACCGCUAGAGAGGGAUUUGCAAUUUACGACGUCCACUUCAAGGGAAGAUCCGUUAUCUACAGAUUGUCUCUAUCGGAGAUGACUGUGCCUUACGGCGAUCCAAGGCCACCAUACCACAGAAAACAGGCAUUUGACUUGGGAGAUUCUGGCUUUGGAACAACCGGCAAUACUCUCAAACUGGGCUGCGACUGUCUGGGUGUCAUUAAAUAUCUAGACUGCUCCAUCACGGACUCGAAAGGACAACCGAAAUUAGUCCCAAGCACCGUUUGCUUGCAUGAACAGGAUGGCGGUCUGCUUUACAAACACAUGAAUUACAGAACUGGCGGUGCUGUCACCGCCAGAAGAAGAGAGUUUGUUGCUCAGACCAUCGCCACAGUUGCAAAUUACGAAUACAUUCUUAACAUUAUUUUUGAUCAAGCUGGUGAGAUCAGAAUCCACGUUAGAGCAACAGGUAUUUUGUCUACCAUGCCAAUUGACGAAGGACUCACCGUGCCUUGGGGUACCAAUGUUGGACCUAUGGUGAUGGCUGCUUACCACCAGCACCUGCUUUCGUUCAGAAUUGAUCCUGCUGUGGAUGGCUACCAAAAUACUGUCGUCUACGACGAUGUUGAAAAAAUGCCAGCCGGAACCAGCUUUAACCCUUUCGGUGUUGGCUUUGUGACGAAGAGGUCAUACGUUGAGAAGCCAGGUUAUGUUGAUCAGUCUCCGUUCACCAACAGAUCAUACAAGAUUAUUAACGAGAAUAAGAUCAACCCAAUCUCAAAGAGGCCGGUUGCGUACAAAAUCAUGAUGCCGGCCAAGCAAAUGCUGCUGGCGGACGAAAAUUCGUACAACAACAAGAGAGCACAUUUCGCUACUCAGCAAGUCUGGGUUACCAAGUAUAGGGACAACGAGCUGUUUGCUGCUGGCGAGUUCACCAACCAGUCACAGGGAGACACAGGUCUCAAGAACUGGGCCUACAGGAAUGAGAACGUCAGAAAUGAUAAUCCAGUGGUCUGGGCAACUCUCGGGUUCACUCAUAUCCCAAGGGUGGAAGAUUUCCCUGUCAUGCCCGUGGAGACACACGAGAUCGCUAUUGUGCCAAAUGACUUCUUUGAUAAAAAUCCUGCGUUGGACGUUCCGCAGUCCACUCAAAGCUUCAACAGAUCUGAGUACUAUCCGGAAGCAUCGUCAGAAGAGGUUUGCUGCAAAUCUAGUUUGUAA